CCUAGGACUGGAGGACUAGGGUGUGGAUCCUAAGGGCGGGGCUUUAGGUCCCGCGAGGGUGUGGGGGAGGGGCCAGGCGCCAGGGGCGGGACUCGGCUCAGGGCGACAAUGGACGGCCUGGGCGUGGCUGAGUAGCCCGGGGGCGGAGCCGAGGAGGAGCUGAGUUGUGUCUUGCGGGGCUGCGCCCGGUGCAGCGCGGUGGCAGGUCACAUCAGGCUCGUGUGAAGGAGAUCUUUGGGAGAAUCCCUUCAUCCCCACUUCUGCCAAACUGUCAGUGCCCCUGAGCAGUUUGGUCCUGGCCAGCCAAUGGAGUGUCUGCCUGUGUGUGCACCUGGCUGGAGCUGUUUCUUUGUUGGACUCUGCCCUGAGGGCUGGAACAGCCUCGGAUAGCAGACUCAAGCUAGGUUCAGAUGGACUUAGUUGGGUGACCCAACUGCCUGCUCCUUCCUUAGCUGGCGAUUGAUGCCCCAGAACCUUGAAGAGAAGAAACAGGCCCACCCCCGCCGCCGCCACGCAGGCCGGAAGAGAACUGAGGUCCCAGCAGCCAUGUAUACCUUCCUGCCCGACAACUUCUCGCCUGCCAAGCCCAAGCCAUCCAAAGAGCUGAGACCCUUGCUGGGCUCCGCGGUGCUGGGGCUGCUCCUAGUACUGGCCGCGAUCGUGGCCUGGUGCUACUACAGCGCCUCCCUACGCAAAGCCGAACGCCUGCGUGCAGAGCUGCUGGACCUCAAUCGUGGUGGCUUCUCAAUCCGCAACCAGAAAGGCGAGCAAGUCUUCCGCCUGGCCUUCCGAUCAGGCGCCUUGGACCUGGACUCCUGCAGCCGGGACGGCGCCAUGCUGGGCUGCUCACGCACGGCAGAUGGGCGCCCGCUGCACUUCUUCAUCCAGACUGUGCGGCCCAAGGACACAGUCAUGUGCUACCGCGUGCGCUGGGAGGAAACGGCGCCGGGGCGCGCGGUGGAGCACGCCAUGUUCCUGGGCGAUGCCGCAGCGCACUGGUACGGUGGUGCUGAGAUGAGGACACAGCACUGGCCCAUCCGUCUGGACGGCCAGCAGGAGCCGCAGCCGUUUGUCACCAGCGAUGUCUACUCUUCCGACGCCGCAUUCGGGGGCAUCCUAGAGCGCUACUGGUUAUCAUCGCGCGCAGCUGCCAUCAAAGUGAAUGAUUCUGUGCCCUUCCACCUGGGCUGGAACAGCACAGAGCGCUCCCUGCGGCUCCAGGCGCGCUACCAUGACACGCCCUAUAAGCCUCCCGCUGGCCACAUCGCAGCCCCUGAGCUCAGCUACCGUGUCUGCGUGGGCUCAGAUGUCACUUCCAUUCACAAGUACAUGGUGAGGCGUUACUUCAACAAGCCAUCCCGGGUGCCAGCGCCCGAGGCCUUCCAACACCCCAUCUGGUCCACGUGGGCGCUCUACGGGCGUGCUGUGGACCAGGACAAGGUGCUGCGUUUCGCCCAACAGAUCCGCCAGCACCACUUCAAUAGCAGCCACCUGGAAAUCGAUGACAUGUACACACCGGCCUAUGGCGACUUCGACUUUGACGAGGCCAAGUUCCCCAACGCCAGCGAUAUGUUCGACCGCCUGCGUGAAGCUGGCUUCUCUGUCACGCUUUGGGUGCACCCGUUCGUCAACUACAACUCCUCCCGCUUUGGCGAGGGCGUGGAGCGUGAACUGUUCGUGCGAGAGCCCACGGGCCGGCUGCCCGCGCUGGUGCGCUGGUGGAACGGCAUCGGCGCUGUGCUCGACUUCACGCACCCGGAGGCCCGCGACUGGUUCCACAGCCACCUGCAGCGGCUGCGCUCGCGCUAUGGCGUGGCCUCCUUUAAGUUCGACGCAGGGGAGGUGAGCUACCUGCCGCGGGACUUUAGCACCUACAGGCCCCUCCCGGAUCCCAGCGUUUGGAGCCGGCGCUACACAGAGAUGGCGCUGCCCUUCUACUCGCGAGCUGAGGUCCGCGUGGGCUACCAGUCGCAGAACAUCUCGUGCUUCUUCCGCCUCGUGGACCGCGACUCGGUGUGGGGCUACGACUUGGGACUGCGCUCGCUCAUCCCCGCCGUGCUCACUGUCAGCAUGCUGGGCUAUGCGUUCAUCCUGCCAGAUAUGGUCGGUGGCAACGCGGUGCCCGAGCGCACGGUGGGCGGCCCUGAUGGGCCGGAGCGCGAGCUCUAUGUGCGCUGGCUGGAGGUGGCCGCCUUCAUGCCCGCCAUGCAGUUUUCCAUCCCUCCCUGGCAGUACGGCGCUGAAGUGGUGGCCAUCGCACACAAGUUCGCUGCACUGAGGGCUUCCCUUGUGGCGCCGCUAUUGCUGGAGCUCGCUGGCGAAAUCACGGACACCGGAGACCCCAUCGUGCGCCCCCUUUGGUGGAUCGCGCCAGGGGACGAAGCUGCUCACCGCAUUGACUCACAGUUCCUCAUAGGGGACACACUUCUUGUGGCGCCGGUGCUGGAGCCAGGCAAGCAGGAGCGCGACGUCUACCUGCCCGCGGGCAAGUGGCGCAGCUAUAAGGGUGAGCUUUUUGACAAGACGCCUGUGCUGCUCACGGAUUACCCAGUGGAUCUGGACGAAGUCGCCUACUUCACCUGGGUGUCCUGAUCCGGCCGAACCAUGAAUCCCACAGCCCUAGCUGCUGACAUUAACUCUUCCUCACACCCAAACCCUCACCCAAAGUAGUCACCACUCUAUUUAGGUGCUGAUUUAAGCGUCCUGGAGCAGUAGGGAUCGUUGAAGCAAUCUCUGGCUCCAGUACACAGUCCUAACUGUCCCUUUCCCUACCGCUCUCAUUUCAGUCUGCAGAAACCUCUUUUCUAUGGUGGAGGCAGAGAGCUCAGAAGAGAGAAAGGUCGGUUCUCUGUUACACAUAGCCCAGUUUUAAAAGCACAAAGAGAAACGUCUUCCCUCUGUCUUUGCCUUCAUGGCCAUCUUUGUCCUUCAAAGGCGGGGACACAAUCCUCUUUAACAGUCUCAAAAUAGUCCCUGACACACUUAGAAACUACAGUCUUGGUGUUUCAAGCCAGGGCCUGAGUUCCCAGCAGAUGCCUGAACUGUGUCUGACCUGGUCCUGCUCCAUCUGGGGAAAAUGGCCAACUGACAAGGAGGCCAGCGUUCUGCUGGGGGAGCAGAAGGACUGGGCUCAGCCUGGAGCCAUCGUUGUUGGGAAGCGGCUUCUAACACUGCACUAACCCAUCUGUGUACACACGUAGGCUCAGCCAUGAGCCUGAUGUGCCUGAUGGUCACAGACUUGUGGGGCCAUGCAGGCCAGACUUGAUGCCUUAACUCAAGGAGGGGUGUGUGUGUGUGUGUGUGUGUGUGUGUGUGUGUGUGUGUGUGUGGUGCCCCCAAGCAAAGAGAAAUGAGAAUGGCGUCCUGAGUCUAUAAAAUGAACACAUCUCUGAGGCCAGAUAAACCUGGAAGGAGAGGGAGGGGGACAAAUUCCAGGCUUUGAUUGUUGAGCUGGCCCUUGCCCAGGUGGUUUCCCUGGGACUCUGAUAGGAAAUAAACAGCUCUUUCAAGAUUCCUUGGCUGUCUAACUCUGCACACGUGGCGGGGGUGUGGCCUGAGUGUGAGUAAUCUUCUUAUCCUAGCAGUGGUGUACUCUGGCUACACAUACACACUUACACCUGCCAACAUGUAUGCAGGGUAAGGUCUUUCAUCGCAGCCAUUUUCCUUAGAUCAGCCUCAGCCAGAGUGAGUUUUUCCUGACUUUGCUGCUGAGCUGGGGAUAGGAGAAAGUGGGAAACGAGAUAGCACUCAGCUUCCCAUAACAGCUCUGACAAGGGCUCUACUCCCUAGAGAAUGCUUCCUUGUGCCCAUCUCUCUCCUUCAUAGUCUCAGUGUGAAAAAUGUUUGGUGAAAGCCUUGGGCCUCUUACAGAUGCGGGUGGCCUUGAACAAUGUGCAUCACCUAGCAGAGCCGCUCUUUCCUUUAUGUAUAAUGCCUACCUCUAAAAUCAUUGUGAGAAUUAUAAGCACGAUGUAUAUAAAGUGCCUGGCACAAAGUAGGUGCUCAAUAAAAAGUAGUAACUA